CGUGCUAUUGUUGUGACGUAACAGCGAAUUUUGUACGUACUGUACGUUUCUCUCAUCAUCCAAGAUGGCGACAUCUGUUAUCAAUCCGAAAGAUAUUGAAGAGCAGAUUCGUGAAAUUCAAGGGAAAACAAAAAAUAUUCAGCAUGAGAAUGCGAAUAAUACUGAAGGAGAUGGAAAUCGUAUUGGUUUAGGAGAAGGCGGCCAUUUUGAUCAAAGCAUCUAUGGGGAACGUGGCAGCAGAUAUGCCGGCUAUGAUUUAUCCAUUGCAACAAAUGAGGGGGAGGAUGAAGACGACGACUACAGCAGCACAUCCCUGAUGGGCAAGAAUUCAUAUGUUGCACCAUCUGCAUAUAUUAGGGAGAAUGAAGAACUUGCAAAGGACCAUGAUCCGAUGGCAGAAACAAGAAUCCCUCGCAUCAUCGAUCGAGAGAAUGAAUACACGAUGAUGGCUCGUGCAAGAAUGAUCUCUCCAGCUCGACAUGACCCAUUCUUACCCGGUGGCAAAACACCAGACCCGUCAUUGAGGACGUUCGCUGACACAAUGAAAGAAAGACAGCAGAUGGCACAAGAGAGACAUCAACACAAUCAGAUAUUACAGAGAAAAAAAGAGGGCACACUCAAAGUGGUUCCCAAAAAGAAACGCCGAUGGGACCAAGCAGGUGAAGACACACCCGGAGCAGUUACACCCAGUAAGAAGAAAACCAGCUCGUGGGAUCAAGCAGAGAGCUCCACACCCUCCCAUGGAAGGUGGGAUGAAACUCCUGGUCGCGCAAAGGGCAGUGAGACACCAGGUGCUACUCCUGGUACUACUCGUGUGUGGGAACCAACCCCAGCCCAUGCCACGCCAACACAUAUCACACCUGGUCAUGCCACCCCAGGUCAUUCUACCCCAGGGCACGCAACACCAGGUAGAGCCACACCCAGUGCCCGCAAGAACAGAUGGGAUGAGACACCUAGAACAGAAAGAGAAACACCUGGACAUGGUAGUGGAUGGGCUGAAACACCUCGUACAGAUCGCGGCACUGGUGAUGAACCAUCAAUGACCCCAACACCAGGUAGCAAACGAAGAUCAAGAUGGGAUGAGACACCUGGUGGCACCCCAGCAGCUGGAAGCCAGACACCCCAGACCCCAGGUUCUACCCCUACCCUGACCAGUGGUGUGACACCUAAGGGGCCUAAAGCUAUGGUGAUGAGCACACCUAGUGCUUCUGCACUCAGAAUGAUGACUCCAGAACAAUUGCAGGCAUACAGGUGGGAGAAGGAGAUUGACGAUAGGAACAGGCCCCUCUCAGAUGAAGAACUGGAUACAAUGUUUCCAGAAGGAUAUAAGGUUCUGCAACCACCUGCUGGCUAUGUACCAAUCCGUACUCCAGCAAGAAAGCUGACUGCCACACCAACACCAAUGGGCGGUAUGAGCGGCUUCCAUAUGCAGCAGGAAGACCGGAAUGUAGACCAUGGUUUAGCUCAACCACCUGGCAAUUUGCCUUUUCUGAAACCAGACGAUGCCCAGUACUUUGACAAACUUCUGAUUGAUGUUGAUGAGAGCUCCCUGAGCCCAGAGGAGUUAAAGGAGAGAAGAAUCAUGAAAUUACUGCUGAAAAUUAAAAAUGGUACUCCUCCGAUGCGAAAGGCAGCCCUCAGACAGAUAACUGACAAAGCUCGUGAGUUUGGUGCUGGUCCUCUGUUCAACCAGAUCCUUCCCUUACUUAUGUCACCAACUUUGGAAGAUCAAGAGCGCCAUCUGUUGGUGAAGGUCAUUGAUAGAAUUCUUUACAAGCUUGAUGAUCUUGUGCGACCAUAUGUCCAUAAGAUUCUUGUUGUGAUUGAGCCCCUGCUGAUUGAUGAAGACUACUAUGCUCGUGUAGAGGGUCGUGAGAUCAUUUCCAACUUGGCGAAAGCUGCAGGCUUGGCAACUAUGAUCUCCACAAUGCGUCCCGAUAUUGACAACUUGGAUGAGUAUGUGCGAAACACGACCGCUCGUGCCUUUGCUGUGGUGGCAUCUGCUCUUGGUAUUCCUUCCCUGCUGCCAUUCUUGAAGGCUGUGUGCAGGAGUAAGAAGUCCUGGCAGGCCAGACAUACUGGUAUCAAGAUCGUCCAGCAGAUUGCCAUCCUGAUGGGUUGUGCCAUUUUGCCACAUCUUCGAAACCUUGUCGAAAUCAUUGAACAUGGUUUAAUUGAUGAGCAGCAGAAGGUGCGAACCAUUACUGCCCUUGCCUUGGCUGCUUUAGCUGAAGCUGCAACACCAUACGGUAUUGAAUCCUUUGAUAGUGUACUGAAACCACUUUGGAAAGGUAUUCGACAGCACAGAGGAAAGGGUCUUGCAGCUUUUCUGAAAGCCAUUGGUUACCUGAUCCCCCUUAUGGACCCUGAAUAUGCAAAUUACUACACAAAAGAGGUGAUGUUGAUUCUGAUCCGUGAGUUUCAGUCUCCCGACGAAGAAAUGAAAAAAAUUGUCUUAAAGGUUGUGAAACAGUGUUGUGCAACAGAUGGUGUUGAGCCGCAGUACAUCCGUGAUGAAGUUCUCCCAUCGUUCUUCAAACAUUUCUGGCAGCACAGAAUGGCAUUGGACAGAAGAAAUUAUAGACAGCUUGUGGACACAACAGUUGAGUUAGCAAACAAGGUUGGAGCAGCAGAAAUCAUCGGACGUAUCGUAGAUGACCUCAAAGAUGAAGCUGAACAGUACCGUAAAAUGGUUAUGGAAACCAUUGAGAAAAUUAUGGACAACUUGGGGGCGUCAGACAUUGAUUCUAGGCUGGAAGAACAACUGAUUGAUGGCAUUCUGUAUGCUUUCCAGGAACAGACAACUGAGGAUGUUGUGAUGCUGAAUGGAUUUGGCACUGUUGUUAAUGCGCUGAGCAAGCGAGUGAAGCCGUACCUGCCACAGAUCUGUGGUACAAUCCUGUGGCGUCUCAACAACAAGGCGGCGAAGGUCAGACAACAGGCUGCUGACCUCAUCUCAAGAAUUGCUGUAGUCAUGAGAACUUGUCAAGAGGAAAAACUGAUGGGGCAUUUAGGUGUUGUAUUAUAUGAGUAUCUGGGAGAAGAAUAUCCCGAAGUAUUGGGUAGUAUCCUGGGCGCUUUGAAGGCCAUUGUCAAUGUCAUUGGUAUGACCAAGAUGACACCUCCCAUCAAAGAUCUUCUGCCAAGACUAACACCUAUUCUGAAGAACAAACAUGAAAAAGUGCAAGAGAACUGUAUCGACUUGGUUGGUCGGAUUGCUGAUCGUGGCGCAGAAUUUGUUUCUGCCCGUGAAUGGAUGCGAAUCUGUUUUGAGCUCCUUGAACUUUUGAAGGCUCACAAGAAAGCAAUCCGCAGAGCAACAGUUAACACAUUUGGUUAUAUUGCAAAAGCUAUUGGACCGCAUGAUGUGCUGGCCACUUUACUGAACAAUCUCAAAGUCCAGGAGCGACAAAAUCGAGUCUGUACCACCGUUGCUAUUGCGAUCGUAGCCGAGACAUGCUCACCUUUCACCGUGUUACCGGCACUCAUGAAUGAAUACCGCGUGCCUGAGCUAAAUGUCCAAAAUGGUGUGUUGAAGUCGCUGUCAUUCAUGUUUGAAUAUAUCGGUGAGAUGGGCAAAGAUUAUAUCUACGCUGUUACACCGCUUUUAGAGGAUGCUCUUAUGGACAGAGAUCUUGUCCAUCGUCAGACGGCAUGCGCCGCCAUCAAGCACAUAUCCCUUGGUGUAUUUGGGUUCGGUUGUGAAGAUGCUCUUAUCCACCUUAUCAACUUUGUUUGGCCAAAUGUGUUUGAAACUUCUCCUCACGUCAUCCAGGCCGUAAUGGAUUCCAUCGAAGGCCUACGCAUUGGUGUAGGAGCCGUGAAAAUGCUUCAGUAUACAUUGCAGGGGUUAUUCCAUCCAGCCAGGAAAGUGCGGGACGUUUACUGGAAAAUAUACAAUACCCUCUACAUCGGGGCACAGGAUGCAUUAGUGGCUGGCUACCCACGGAUACCAAAUGACGAGAAAAAUGAAUAUAAUCGAUAUGAGCUGGAUUACUUCUUAUAGAAACAAAAACCGCUGUUUUUGUGGCUUUUACUUGUAAAUUUUUUCUGCUAUUCAUUUCUUUGUGUAAUGAAUGUAAUAAUACUGAAGGGCAAUCUAGGUAUUUACUUUCAUUCUUUGGUAGGAAUCAGAGCACCAUGUUCAGAAUUGUUUUCUACAUGUCUGAAUUUGGUUUUUUUAGUAUGGGAUAAAAAUAGUUGCCUUGACAAUUUUAUGUAAAUUACUAAAUCUACAUUCUAGAAAGUGCUGACAUGAUGACCUGUGUAAUUUAGGGCUAAGUUUGCCACCAGUAAUAAGACAGAAUGUUGAUGAGAUAACUAAUGAUAAAAAUGUAUUGUCCCUAAAAAGUACCAAAAACAUAAACAUUCUUGAACAUAGAAAUUAGUAUAUUUAAAAAAUGUUUACCUACAGUGUUACAGUGAAAAAUGAUAUAAAAACACAUCCAGUCACUGAAGUGUUUUUAUUGUUUUGUCAUUAUCGAGUAUAAAAAUCGGGGUACACAUUUUUAAAAUUCAAUAAAGUCAAUUAAUUUGUAUGUUACUGCAAAAUAUACAAGUUAAUUAUUUUUUUAUGAUUUUUUUGUCAUUUUUAGGAGACAGUAGAUCUUUAAUGUUAGAUUAAUCACAUUGGUGAUCUGGAACUGUGUUGUGUUCUAAGAAACACUACUUAAAAGCGGCACAAUGGCCUGGAGUUUUGUGUUAUGGUUGAAAUGGCACUCUAGAAUUUUUUUAUAAUUUGACGUCAGUGAUCCAAGAAUUUUCAUAAAGUGUUCUAAUUUAAAAUGACAUGAUGUAAUAGGCUUUACUGUUCUGGUUGAUAAAAGCUGUCUGGGACUAAUUUUAUGGUAAUUUACACCAUGAAUGAUUGCGAAAUUGUCAGAUGAACAGUAGAAUUUUGCUUAAAAAGCACACAAUCAGAUGGAAUGUGUUUUUUGAGUAAAAUAAUCUACUUGUCAAUACUGUAGCAUUCAUUUAUGUUACUUGCUCAUCAUAUGCAUUGCUGAUAUGAAAGCAUUGCAUUCCACAUUGGCAUCAUCGUCGUAUACACUAUCUUUUCUCCUCUAUCUGUUUUUCUGUUCAAUUAGUAAUAUCUUAGCCCUCAUCCCACUUCUUGUACAGUAUAUUAUCUUUCUAAACUUUAGUAUUCUAAUCCUACAAUUUUUUAUAACAGUCACUACAUAAAUUUUUUUUUUAAAUCCCUCAUUUCCUUCUUAAUUAGUCUGGAGUCAUCAUUAAUGUCCAUGCAUUAUUGGAGUAUUUGGCUUGGAUUAUCUAAAAAUGUAAACAUUUCAUAUCCAUUUGGUUUCUAGUAAUUAACAUAGAAUAUUUCAUAUUCCUUUCAUGUCCGUGUGUUAAGGGAGUAUUUACUAAAUCUUGAAAUGUAUUAAUGUAUUUACUAAGUGUAUAAAUUUUUAGAAUUUAAGUGUUAAACCCUUCCCCAUUCCUCCGGUAAAGUUAGUAAGAAUAAGAUGUAGAGAACACCACAUGAACAUUUUAACACUUUUUAUAUGAUGAACAUUUUCAAUCACGGAUAUACAGUAUAAUAAAAUACCAUGACCGGGUGUUGUACUAACUUCAGUAUAACUUCUUGCGUGUGUUUGUAACCUCUGACCUGUGUACUAUUAUUGUAGUAGGAUUGCACAAAACAGUUGAUUACAUGGUGUAUGAAAUGGGAGAAAAAGCUAUCAACUUGCGAAAUAAAAUUUAAAAUAUUGUAAAAACAGUA